AUGAAUCGUAGGACUCUUGUUUCUGCUCCUACAAACGUUGCCAUUAAGGAAGUGGCAUCGCGUGUGUUGAGCAUUGUCAGAGAAUCAUAUCAUGACGGGGAUGCUUUGAUGUGUAAUUUUGGAGAUAUGCUAUUAUUUGGGAAUCAUGACCGGCUCAAUGUUGGUGCAGAUAUCCAAGAGAUAUAUUUGGACUACCGUGUCAGCAAACUCUUACAGUGUUUUAACGCAUUGAAUGGUUGGAAACAAUGUUUUCUUUCAAUGAUUGAUCUUCUUGAUAAUUUUGUUUCCCAUUAUUAUAUGUUCAUUGAGAACCCGAUGAGAAAGGAACAUGCUCACUUUGAACCUAAGUCUUUUCUAAAGUUUCUAGAAGAAAGGUUUUUGUCCAUAGCAUCGCCACUCAAGGAAUUUGUUUCUAUAUUAUGCUUGCAUUUACCCAAAAGUUGCAUUACGGAACAAAACUUAGAAAACUUGGUUUCUCUCAUUCACAACCUCGAGUCGUUUCAAGACUUAUUGUUGAAAAAUAAUAUUGAUAAUAAAGUAUUGGAAGAGCUUUUCAUUUCAGAAGGUAAACAUAAUUCUCAUGAGGGUGCUGAAUUCUCACUGUGCCAAAUCAGAACGGAUUGCCUUUUUCUAUUAAGAACCCUUGAAGUUUCACUUGGUAAUCUCAGCCUUCCAAAUGAUAUGACUGAAGAGUCCGUCAAAAUUUUCUGUUUGCAAGCAUCUUCGUUAAUAUUUUCAACAGCUUCUAGUUCCUUUAUACUGCACUAUAUUGAGAUGGAGCCACUUGACAUUUUAGUGAUAGAUGAAGCUGCACAAUUGAAAGAGUGUGAAUCAGUGAUACCUCUACUUCUUCCUAAAAUAAAUCAUGUUAUUCUUGUUGGAGAUGAACUCCAGCUACCAGCAAUGGUUGAAAGUAGUGUUUCUUUUGGAGCUGAUUUCGGAAGAAGCUUAUUUGCGAGGCUGACCACAUUGGGUCAUCCAAAUCACUUCCUCAACAUACAGUACAGGAUGCAUCCAAAGAUAAGCUCCUUUCCAAAUUCAACAUUCUAUCCCAAUGAUGAUAUUGAAAAUGCUCCAGACACUUACACAGAAAAUGCAACAGUUCGAUGCAUUAAACUCCAGCUUGAAUCAUGA